GCUUGAGCACGUAUAGACGCUCGUUAUUCACGAGCCCCCUUUGCUGUCUCGCGCAGUGCUCUCUUUCCCCACAUAGCAGUUCCUGCUGACUCAGUGCCUUAACAGCAGUGCUCCCUGUUCUCGAAAAGCACCGACCAGAAACUGCGACGCACGCUGUCUUCAAUAGCUUAAACCUCUUCCGGACAACCAACGCCGCACAAACCGGCAGACAUGGCUAAAACAGCAAUUGCGUACAAAGAGAAGAUGAAGGAGAUUUCUGUCCUGUCUCUUAUCUGCUCCUGCCUGUAUCCAGAGGCACGUAAAAACCUUAUUGGAGAGUUUGAAGGUAAGAAGAAAGAGGCAGGCAUGGAGGUGAAGCCCAUCAACAAACGUGCCUCUGGCCAGGCCUUCGAGGUGAUCCUGAAGCCCCCCUCCCCAGUGUCAGACGCAGCCCACUGCGUCACCUCGCCUCCUAAGAAAGAUGUCUCACUGGAGGACAUCCAGAAGAAGCUGGAGGCAGCUGAGGACCGGAGGAGAACUCAGGAGGCCUUGGUCCUCAGAGCCCUAUGUGAGAAGAGGGAGCACGAGAGGGAGGUUCUGAUCAAGGCCAUGGAGGAGAACAACAACUUCAGCAAGAUGGCAGAGGAGAAGCUCACCAUGAAGAUGGAGCAGUUCAAGGAGAACCGCGAGGCCUAUCUGGCCUCCAUUAUGGAACGCCUGCAGAAGAAGGAGAGACAUGCCCAGGUGGUGCGCAGGAACAAAGAGCUGAGGGAAGAGCUGACAGCGUGAACAGGUGUGGGAAGCCACUCACCGUCGUACACCCCCCCUCCCCCCCCGCCACCCCCUUCAACCCCAGGGAGAGGAGGAGCAGCCUGUCCACCACCACCCCACACCAACAGCAUUAGCAAAUGGGGAAAAAUGAAAAAAGUACACAUUUCUCCCGCUCUCCCUAUAAAAGAAUGUUUUCGCUAGAUUUGAAAUGAUGAAAAAAAAAAGGAAAAUGAGAAACCCACCAAGUGAAAGUGAAUAUUGUUUUUUGUAAAUACUUCCUUUUUUGUUAUAUACAGUAUGUUAAUACAGCAGAAGUAUUGCAGUGUGCCAUUUUCUAAUUUAUGGAUGUACUUAUGGAUGUACUUUUUGGUUUUUUUUCUUGAACAAAACACCUUUGCAGUUUCUCUCGUACUAUCAGGCUUCAGUGUUGUCGUGAGUUUGCCAGCAGACGUGCGUUGGCUCUGUCUGGUUGCUUUCUGACCAUGUGUGUUUCUGUGUAGGUCAGUGUGGAGAUGAGGAGAAUGCUAGCCAAGCUGUCACUGCACAUUGACUCCUGCAAGAGAGAUUUGCUAGUCUACAGGAGACUUAAUAUAGCAUUUAUAACCCGAUUCUCUCAUGUCUGUCUCUCUGUCCCUCCACCCUCUAACAUACAGUAGUUCAUUCACACACAUUCAAGCAGGCCACAUGCACUCUCUCUCUCUCUCUCUCACAUGCACACACAUAUGAACACACACUCCUAGGAAUUUGGCAAACAAGACAUGCCCCUCAAGAGGAGCUUGCUGAAUUCUGUCUGUUGAAUAUUGCAGAUGUCACACGACAUCCUUGGCUCAUAGCAAUGUCACAGAGGGGUGUUAUGGUCCUUUCCUGCUUCUCAAGAACCCCUGCGUCACGGCCUGUCAAUCACUCUGUCAGCAUGUGUGAACCAUCUUAGAUGUUUAGAUUCUGUAAUCGUGCCUGGAAUGCUACCAGCUCAUAUAGAGGCUAAUGUAGAGGCAAGUGUAAAUCCUUAACAUUCACAUGGCUCUAUCUGUUAAUCAGACCCUCAUUUAUUUCAUGUUGUACCAAUGAGGAACCACAUGCUACUGGGGAGGUUUCACAGUUGAAAGUCAUAGUUUUACCUUCUCACUGCCCAGAAUGAGUCCUUGUAUCUUUUUCCCAGUAUUUAAACAGCAGACUAUGGCAUAGGAGAAGCUGCAUAUGUAGGCGACAUGUAGUGCCAUAGAAAAACAACCAACACAUAUACUUUAAAUAAUAGCUAGAAGAUCUUAGUAGCGUUGACAUGACAAUGGAAGUUGAGGGCCAUCUGCAAAGGGUGCAUGCAAUUGUAUACAGGCCAGGUUUGUGUGUGUGUGUGUGUGUGUGUGUGUGUGUGUGCGUGCCAGAAGAGGUGUCUAAUUAGAGGGAACACAGCCAGGAAGUUAUGUCUGACCCUCGGUCACAUGCUGAUGACAUCACAGCAUCCUGCCUGUGACAUCAGAGCAUCCUACCCGUGGUGAUGUAUCUGCCUGCCUGCCUGCCUCUAUUUCUUCCUGUUUGUGUGUUUCCCGCUCCGCAUAUAUCUUUGUGAGCAAGCUGUGGUAAAUAAAGGAUUGGGGUUCUGUGAAUGAUA